ACUGCAAUGCCCCAGUGAUGAGGACCUUUGCUAUCGAGCAUAAUCCUGGCAGUGUGCACCGCACGUCGAGAAAAAUCAAUCAAAAGAGUUCCCGCCUCCGUCUGUUUCCAAGGCAACGAGUAAACAGUGGGGUGACCGUCGCCGAGUGCGGACGUCUGUCCUCGAUUUACUAUUUCUAUCCAACUUUGUGCAUAGUAUUUUGUGGUGUGCUGUGAGCUUUUGGACUGCGUGUGGACGGAGUGCACGAUGGGAGACGAGGGAGCGGUGACCGGCACCGGGGCGGAGAAAAUCAUCCACACAUACCCGCUGAUAAGGCACUCGGACAUGACAGAAGAGAUGCGAACAGAAGCGGUGGAGCUGUCAGUGACGGCUUGCGAGAAGUUUGCCACCAAUAACGAGCUGGCAGCUCGCAUGGUCAAGGAGGCUAUGGACAAGAAGUUUGGGCCAGCCUUCCACGUCGUGAUCGGAGAGAGCUUCGGCUUCGAGGUCAGCUACGAGUGCACCACAAUAUGCUACCUCUAUUUUGGCGGGAACCAGGCCAUUUGUAUAUGGAAGUGCUCGUGAGGUUGUCUGUGGUUCGAACUUUUUGGUGGCCAGCUGGCCAGUCGCAUUUCGGUGCUUGGAGGUCUGGAUUGGUGUUACUUUUAAGUUUGGAUUUUAAGGUGAAAAAUUUAGAUAUCUAUUAUAUAAUAUUGAGUAGGCAUAUACCAUGACCUAUGUUUACUUCCGUAGCGCGAUAAUCUUGUGCAAAAGAAUGUACUUACUUAUUAACAAUUUAUAUGUUUAGUCAACCACAACCUAAGUAAGAAAAUAAUGACAACCUGGUAACUUUGAGAAAAUUAUACAAAAAAAUUAAGAACGUUUGGCUUUUGCGGGUUUAGAAUUUACAAAACAAUGGCCUUUUCAUGUGUAAAUUUUAAUACCGCUAUUAUUGUAAAUGGGAACAUUUAUGUAAAGUAGUUUUGGAAGUCGACAAGUAUAGAAAUUGGUUGUAAUGCAAGUUUGCCGAAAAAGCUAUGUUAUAAAAACAUGCAUUGGUCAUGCCUACUUUUAUUACUGUACUUUGGUUCUAAUACAGUAUUAAAAGUAAUACUUUACCUAUACACCGUUGUACCUGUAUAUCGAGACUUGAGGAGAUUAUUGUAAUAAUUUAUGAAGAUUUAAUUUUAACGUUCUGAAGCUAGAGUGACCACACUUUUUGUACGAGUCAAGAUACUCAUACCUACUGUAAUAAGGAUGAGAACAACCUUGAAAUGUUCUUGUACUUCCUUUUAAAGAACUUUAGCUAUUGAUAAUAAUUACUCAUUUGUCCGGCCAUAAUUGUCAGUACGAUUAUAAUGAUUUUGAAGCAAUUUUGUCAAUUACAUUUUUUUAACGAAGUCAUUAUAUUAUAUUUUGAAAUAUCCCCGUAUCUUUGUGUACUAAAUUAUGAUCAUUACUUAUUUACAUUGACAUUGCAUUUGAAAUAUUUAGGUAUUAUUUUUUUAUGUCGUGUCC